AUGGCUGUCUAUCCUUACGGCACUGGAUAUGGAGGUCUAGACUUGAACGCCCGGAGGAAAAACGCCACACGCGAGACGACCAAUACGCUGAAGGCGUGGUUGUACGAACACCGUAAGAACCCGUAUCCGACCAAAGGUGAAAAGAUUAUGCUGGCUAUCAUCACGAAAAUGACCCUGACGCAAGUGUCAACGUGGUUCGCCAAUGCACGGCGACGUCUCAAGAAAGAAAACAAAAUGACCUGGUCACCCCGUAACAGGUCAGAGGACAGUACGGACAAUUUAGACAGUGAAGGGGAAACAGAAAACAAAGAAUCAGAGAAUGGCGACGCUUCCUUGGCCGCCACGGCUGGGGUGGCCGAAAAAGAAGAUGCCGGAGACGAAACACCCCGUGUCCAUAGUCCUGGUCACAUGGUUGUGGAUCCGAAUGAGGGACCAAGAGAAAAGAUAAUAGAGAGUGAAAACGAUUCCGACCCCGACUCAGACGUCGACGACGAAGGACAUCCGCUAAUAAAAGGCGAACACCUAUCUACCUCGAGCAAAGAACGUCGCGCGCUCUCACUCAGGCACGGCCAUACUGGCAAACACUCCUCGAACGGCGUCUCUCUAUCGGCUAAUGAUUCUCGCCGCGUGGACGCUUUAUCUGACUCGACUCGAGACAGUGAAACAACAAAGGACUCUCACUUGCCCGGUCUAAGCAGCAGCAAUAGCAGUCACAACCACAACAACAGUAGCAACAACAGUAGCAGCACGGCCAACAGUAACCACAAUUCACAAUCACGAAACGACAGAGACACUACAUCACCACCUCGGCCCAAAAUCUGGUCCGUGUCCCAAUUCCUCGUCAACUCCCCUUCUAGUAGCAAUGACAGCAAUAGUAACAGUAGUAGUCCGGUUGGUGGCGUUAGUGGAAGCAGCGGUUCGAAAUCUGUAGCCACUGUACUUACGUCGGGUAAUAGACUACACCCGAGUCCCGGCUAUUUAUACCUUCAAUCGGCCAGUCAAUCGUGGAACGGCGGUAGAUAUGGUGCACUCAGCGCUUAUCCUAUUUCCAUGUCACACACAACGCUUUCCUACCCAUAUACUCUUUCAACACACACCUCAUCAAAGACGGCGUUAGGGGUGGCCUCGGCGGCUGUACACAAUGCAGCCAGUGUUGAACUAUUGCACAGUGCAGAUAAAUUAGCCAGUACACAAAAGGGACUUUUCUCACCGGCUAGAGAUAUAGACGGAAUGCGAAACAGACUUUUUCCCAAGGAAGCGGCGAAAUAUUUCUAA